AUGACAGACGACGACGAUCAGGCGACCGGCUGGGAGUUCGAAGCGUUCAAGAAGGACUACCUGGCGAGGAGAUGCAGCCUGACACUUCUGACGCCCGUGCAUGCCCCAGGCGGAACAAUCAAGAUCGACGAGGCGCGCUGCCUGGAAAACCUCCCCGACAACCGCACCUCGACGGGACACGACCCCGCCCUCCGGCGCGAAGCCAAGAACACCCCGACGGAAGAAGGCAUCACGGCCCCCAAAAAGCCACUGCCGCGCCAGCCACGAUGGACGGCCGACGACGAGAGAGCCCUGGAUCGUGCUUUCCAGCGAGCAGAGGCCGACAGAGCCGCCGAGGCAACACCGCCAAGAAACGAAGCCGUGGAAGCGGCAAAGCUCGCAAGGAAUGAGCACUUUCGGGGCAUGCUGGCCAUCAAGAAGAUGUCAGGCGACGGCAACUGCCUCUUCCACGCGCUCGGAGAGAACACCGGCGAGAGCGGGGCAUGCCUCCGAGCCCUAAUCAUCCAGUACCUCAGAGAGAACGCAGAAGCCGAAGAAGACGAAGAGCAAGUGCAGGCCUGGCUACAGGAAAGCCAAUACCUCCAAAGCGAUCCGGGUCACUGGGGCGGCGACACGGCCAUCAUCGCUUUCACCCGCAUGAGGCAGCAGCGAGUCCUUUUGCACUGGCGGACGCCAAACGGCGACAUCCUCACGAGCGAGCGCACGCACUCGGACGUGGACGAAGCAGCCCAACGCGGGCCGCACGCAGCACCGAACGCCACGGAAGUGAUCCAUCUCUGGUACAACGGCAGGGACCACUACGACCUGCUGGUGCCCAUAGACCGAGCACCGCCACCAGCACCACCACUGCCACCACCACCACCACCACCACCACCACCACCCCACCCGAUUCCGCGCCCAGCCAAGCGCAGAAGAACCGCCGCCGGCGGAGAGGAGGCCCAUCAACAGGCCCAGGCGCGCAAGACGCCGUCGAAGCCAACGACACGACCGCCCGAGCCAGAGGCACAGGACGAGCCCAACCUCCUGGAAGAGCUCACCAGCAUGCCCGUGGCGCCGGACAGCAGCCACCCCCGGCGGAAACUGGAAGAGGCUCUCCGGCACCUCGCACACACCCAGCUGCGAGCCCAGCCGCUGAUACCGCCCGGAGCCAGGCCCGAAGACCUCGACCGUGGGGAACCCUGGCCAGGACAGUUCUGCGCCUUCCAGAGCUGCAACUGGUCAUUGCUCACGGGCACCGAGCAAGAGCUUCGAGAGCACGUCCAGCAAGAGCACGCAACAGCACUGCAGAGCGUCGCACAGCACCUACCCAAGCCAAUCCCGGCCGAUGCACUGGCCAGCGUCUACAACGAAGCCAUAGCCCUGCGGUGCAGAGAGGCCGCACCCGUGGCAGGAAGCUCGCGGGACAGAAGCGCGCUGCGGAGCUUCGCCGAAGCCACCAGCAAAGACAGGGUGGAAGCGAUCAUUUGCUUCUGCUGCGCAUGCAUCCACACACGCGUGGCCGACGCCGAGGCCGCGGGCCCCAUCCGCUGGCGCAGGCUCAUCCAGGGUCCCCCCAGCAACGACAGGACCCACGCCGAGACAACCGAACGUCUGCACGACAUCCUGAGCAUCGACAAGUACCUGGGGCUCUACGCGACCUGGCCGGGGACGUCAAGCUCACCGACGUGGCCGAGCUGA